AUGACCGCAACUGCCGAGUACGACUACCUCUUCAAGCUUCUCCUCAUCGGUGACUCGGGUGUCGGCAAGUCCUGUCUGCUCCUCCGAUUCGCCGACGACACCUACACCGAGAGCUACAUCUCGACCAUUGGUGUCGAUUUCAAGAUCCGUACCAUUGACCUCGAGGGCAAGACCGUCAAGCUCCAGAUCUGGGACACUGCCGGCCAGGAGCGUUUCCGUACCAUCACCUCGUCCUACUACCGCGGAGCCCACGGUAUCAUUGUCGUGUACGACGUCACCGACAGCGACACUUUCGCCAACGUCAAGCAGUGGCUGCAGGAGAUUGACCGCUAUGCCGUCGAGGGCGUGAACAAGCUGCUGGUUGGCAACAAGUCGGACCUCGCGACCAAGAAGGUGGUCGACUACAACACUGCCAAGGCGUUCGCCGACGAGCUCGGCAUCCCCUUCCUCGAGACCUCGGCCAAGAACGCCACCAACGUCGAGCAGGCCUUCCUGACCAUGUCCAAGCAGAUCAAGGACCGCAUGGGCUCCAACUCGAUGGCCUCGGGACCGGGCGGCAAGUCGACGAUCAAGGGCCUUGGCCAGAACGUCGAGCAGAAGGCUGCGGGCGGAUGCUGCUAA